UUAAAAACCCAAACUCUCCCCUGUCGUUUGCCAUUUGCCUUGACUUGACGCCUUGAGGCUUGAGCCAUGUCAGUGCAACCAAGAAAUUGAAAAGAUGCUUUCCUGAACUGAGCUUUAUUUUGCUUUUAUUGUCUCAAGUUAGGCCACUGCUUAUCGAUAUUUACAUGCACCUCAAGUAUGGAGCGUCAGAAAUCUAUACUUGGGAGAAAGAAGCGAGCUGCCCCUCCUGCCCCAGGGGAUUUCAUAGCUCUGGGUAAGCAGGCGAAGACUUCUGAUGGAGAGGCCAAACGUCCGUCAAGCCCUCCACACGCUGGGAGGAAGAAAGAGUCUUCAGGCUCACCAUUGUCAUCUUCCUCCAUUGCAAAGAAACCAAAGCUCGGGGGCAGCUCCUUCUCUGGCCUUGGCCGACCUCAUAGUGAUGUCACCAGUAGCCUCACAGGCGGCAAUAUUCCUCAGUAUGAUGAAAUUGCUGUUACAGUGGAAGCUACUGAAUUCCUACCUGCAAUUUUGGCUGCUGAGGAAACCAUGAAUGAUGAGCAAGCAGAGGCUCUGAUUUGUGGAGCUGUGAAGCACUUACGGAGCAACAGAGCCAAGCCAGAUCAGAUUGUCAGCCUGACUCUGAUGUACCUUUCAAAAAGCAAGCCGGCUUUGUUUUGCACAGAAGUCAUUAUUGAGGCUUUCUGUGGUCUACUUAAGCGUGAAGUUGCGCUGACUUUCAAGGCGAAAGGGAACCCAGCAGUGUCUGUACUGGCGUGCAAUGUCCUAAUGAAUGCUUUUGCUGAGGAGGAGACCUGGCCCGACAACUUUGUCAAGGUUUUUGUUGAAGAUUCACUUGGAGAGAGAGUAUGGGUCGACCGUGAUGACUGCCGUGGCUUUGUAGACAACAUCCUCACGGCAUUUGGCACCAAAAAGUCCUCCAAACACCUACUUAAGGCUACAGCUGAGGCUCUUCGGGUGGAGCCAUCUGGAGCUUCAAGCCCAUCCCCUGCUACUAUGGAAGAAGAUGACACCUCAAGGAUCAGCGAUGGUGGAGAUGGAGACAAAACAGGCAUUGGAGGGGCAGUUUCUGUAGUUCCAAGGUAUUCCAGCCAGCUGGAGGCUAUUGAGUCCUAUGUGUUGGAUACAAUGCGUGACAUUUUGAAUCAUCGCCAAUCUAUGGACUCUUCGUCUCGCAACCUUAUUCGUCUCAUGACUUCCUGUGCUGGUUUUCCAGAAGUGCGCUCAAUGGCUGCCCACCGCAUGGAAAUGUGGCUUCAAAACCCUAAGUUGACUAGGGUAGCACAAGACCUUCUCUUAGCCGUGUGCACCAACUGUGACAAGCCGGACAAGACUGACCGGGAAGUGGUCACCAACAUGACGAAGAUGCGCAUGAAGACGAAGCCUCUGGUCAAUCACUUUCUUACAUGUAUCAGAGAGCUGCUGACUGAGAAUCCACAGAAUCUCCAGCUGAUGAUGAACAUUACCAUCUACAAUGAGCUGUCCACCUCUCGCAACCCAAACAACAUGUUGUUACUCGGAGUCAUCUUCUCUCAGUCCCCUGAUAGCGCUGCUAAGAUUCUAGCAGAAGUUUUCCAGGAUUUACUUGCCAAUAAGGAUGACUAUCUACGGGCUCUCCGCAUGCUGCUGCGUGAGAUUGUACGGAGUACGAGACUGGAUAUGAACUUCUACGCCUUCUGCCUGGGUCUGAUGCAGGAACGUACUGGACAGCCUCAUGAUGACAUGGACAGUACACUCAGGGAGCGUUACAUUGUGUCAAUUGCUGACCUCGUCUCCAUGGAUGUUUUGCUGAGUGUGGCCCCUAGCAUCAGAGAGGCAGCUGCAGGACUCAUGCAGGGCGACCAGAAAAACCUGGAGUUGAUCCAUGUGUUCAAGCGAAAAGUGGCGGUAAUUCAAAGAGAUGCCGUUUGGUGGCUGCACAUGGUUGUACCUAAAAUUGUUGAGCUUAAAGCAGACCCAUAUCUCCAUUGCUUUAAGAAAGUCCUGUUUUUGGAGUCAGCAGAGCAGUAUUAUAAUAAGGACAACUGGCCCCCUGAAAGCGAGAGAUGGCUAAUGCUAAAGCUGGCGAUGGAGGCUCCUGUGAUAGAGGACACCCUGAUGAGGGUGAUGGUGGUGGGCUACAUGAAGGAGAUGCCCCUCUCUGCCCCAGAUGCUGUGGAGCUGACGGACCAGCUGGUGCGAAGGGCAGCCUCGCUGUACUACGGACUUGGUUUGAUGGACGUCCUACAGAUGAAGCGGGUGGAGUUCUUUGAGGCUUUGCUCAACCUUUGUGCUUACAAGCACCCAGAGAAUAUAGUUCUACCACAGGGGUACAGCCCUCCCAACCUGGCCAUCAUGGGACUCAUGUGGAAGUCCUGGCUCAUUCUUCUCAUCAUGACUGCCUACAACCCUGCUGUUUUUGGUGAAACUGCAUGGCAAAAGUACCCAACAUUACAGUUCCUCAUGGAAAUGGUUAUGACAAAUAACUACAAUUUCCCUCCGCCAACAACGGCCUCAGAUGAAAAAAUGGCCGAAGAGUUCAGAGCCAGAGAAAGGCAGAUUCGGCAGCAGGAGAUCCAACAAAUUCUUGAGUUUGAAACCCACUUGGCCGCAGCCACCAGCAAGAUGACCAUCACAGAGAGCACCAGUCUUCUCAUUGGACAGCUUAACCACAAUGACCCCAUGGGCCCUGCCAGAUUCCCUCCCCAGGAGAUCACUGAACAACUCAAGUCUCUGAACAAUGAUCUCAAACUGGGUCAGAUGUUAUGCCGGAGUCGCAACCCAGACUUCCUGCUGCGUAUCAUCAACAGACAAGGCACGUCCCAGUCUAUGCCGUGGCUGGCAGAGCUGGUGGAGUCUAGUGAGGGUUCCUUGGAUGUUCUCCCAGUCCAGUGCCUGUGUGAGUUCCUGCUACAUGAGCCGACAGACGUCGCUCUUGAUUCUGACGUGGAUGACAUAUUUGGAGCCAAGCGCAAGCAUAAGAACACCAAGCACCAGCAACUUCUGUCCCGCCUGCAAGAUCUGGUGCACAACCCAUCAGCCGAGUCAAAGACGAUGAAAGAAGUCCUCGACUAUUUCCUGCAGCGGCUGGCCUCCACACAAGCCAUGACCAGACAGCAGGCAGUUAAGGGCCUGUCGCUGGUUGUGGGACCUGCCAAGACAGAUGAGUCAAUGGAGGUAGACACAGACUCCCAGUCGUCUGACGACUGGCUGCUCAUCUACUUGCCCUCACUACCGCUGUUCCACGAGGUCAAGGACUCCUUGUGUCUGGCUCUCAGGAAGGCCUGCCAGGUGGAAACAGACCCUGAGAAAAUUCGUUCUUACAUACUUUUCUUAGCUCAACAUGCGCUGGACGAUUCGCAAGGAUGGAAUGAGCUGGUCUUGGACAUCGCUCAGCUCCUGGUGGAGAGGACGCCGGUGGUGAAGUUCAUCCUGCCAGAGCUGGCCACCACGCCCAUGGAGAAGGAUCCGAAGCAGCAGGAGGUGCUCAACGCCUUUGUCCGCAUGUUUGUCCUGUACAUGAGGGUGGCCCGCAAAGAGGACAAGGACACUUUCAGCUGGUCCAACACCCAAGACCAGAUCCGACUGGAGUGGGACUCGGGUCAAUCAGCCACAGUGCACAUCUUGGUGGUGCACGCUGUCAUCGUGCUCCUCACCUUUGGACCGCCUUCAGGGGACUCCAGUGACAAAGAUGUAAAGAAUUUCAAAGAGUUGUACAACAUUUGGAUUCAGGAAAACAACCGCAUGCCACCCGGCUUCUUACUGGACACCUCUGAAGAAGCCCUCCUACUUCCUGACUGGCUGAAGCUGAGAAUGCUGAGGUCCCAUGAUGAAGGGCUGAUAAGUGCAGCCAUGGCGGAAGUGGAGCCCUCCCAGCUGGUUCUGUUCAUGCAGUCAUUUGGCAUCCCAGUUCUCAGCAUGUCUCGGCUGCUAGCGGCCCUGGACCAGGCCCUGACCUCUGACCCUUCCCAGGUGUUGGAGGCCAUCCAGAGCUUGCCGUACAUGGCCAAGCUGGUAGAGGUGCAGCACAGCCGGGGGGCCACGGGCGGCCACGUGUUCUACAGCGCCAUCACACAGGGCAGGCAGGCUCCUGCUGAGACAGCUGAAAAAAGGACUGAAGAAGAGAUGCCGCAACAAGAUGUAUGGAAUGUGAAAGGAUCCGGGGAAGUCAUCCUGCCGACUUCAGCAGAUAAAAUAUCUCGUCUUUUGGAUCAGGUUUUUUCUGAUACUGGAGGACUGGAAAGUGAUGCUGCAAAAAUGUUCCAGUGCUUGAUUCAGACUGUUUCAACAGACAAGACAAAGACAUCAACUAUUCUCAAAGCAUUUGACCAUAUGCUGAGUUCCUCUAAAAAAGAAGUUUUUGCCAAGAAGGUAUUCAAUGCUACAUACAGAUCAUGCCCUAUAUUCAAGAUUUUAAUCGCAAAGCAGCCGGAUCUGCAUGCAGAGCUGCUUCCUGUGAUGGAGAAACUACACAGCCUUGCCAAGGGCCAGAAGUCUAUGCUGACGGCUGUGGUCACACAGUUCCUGACUGCCCAAGGUUCUGCCCGCCAGCCCACCAAGCUGACCGCUGCCCGCCAGGCAGAGAAUCUGUUGGCCCGCUGCACCUUGCACGGAGGACUGGACUCCAACAUGCUGUUAGAAGACUUGAGCAAGCUGAAAAAUCCGGAGCGACUGGAGAGUGUGAUCCACAGACUGAUGGAGUCGCUGCUGGCCCAGGGGAGAUCUCUUGAUGGGACUCGGCUGGCCUGUCAUGUUCUGGCUCAAGAUUCGGGGUCCCCCAUGCCCAACAGUACAGCUGCUCUGUUCAUUGACUGGCUCUCCAUGCUGGAUCCAGAGAUCAUCCAGGCUAACCCCGAGCUGGAGCAGAAGUUGCUGUUUGCGCGCAGCGUGGUCAGACAGGACACGGGCUCAGCCUCAGGGAGGAAAGCCCCAGCCUCUGGAAGUGGGACACAAGGCCCGUCCCAGGCCCACCUCCUAGCCCUGCUCACCCACCAGACCUCGUGGCGCACACUGACCCAGUGCUUGGCCCGACUGCUGCGGCCAGACCGGAUCUCACAACUGGAGCCGACGGCUGUGCUGGAUUUUGUGUGGGCUUGUGAGCAUAUUCCCAAGAUCUGGCAGGGCCGGGAGAAGAUCACACCAGAGGUGGAGCAGAAGGAGGACGUGCUUGGUCUCAGCAAUGAGCAGGUGGCCUCUCUGGCUGACCUCAUCUUGGAGGAGGCCCUACUCCAGGUCAGAGAUCGCGACCCUGAGCUGUCGGCUGAUGGCCAGGUGACCAUCAUGAAGGGUCGCGUUGACCUACUGCUGUCCUGUUUGAGCGAUGACCUGGAGCGGGUACUGGCCGUGGUGAGCCGCCUGCAGAAACUCUUCUCCGAAGCUGUUGGGUUAAAGAGACAGUGUGCUGUGAGCCUGGCCACCAGCCUGUACCUGCAGUUUCCCUACAUCCAGGCCUGGCUGACAGAGGACAACCUGCUUAUGUCAGAGCUGAUGGCUUCACAACAAGUACAGUCCCAGAUGGACAUUUUAUCUCAUCGGCUGAUCACUAGCUUGGGUCAGGCAAAGCCAGGGAAACAGGCAGGGGCCAAGAUGUAUGAUGCCAACAUUGCUUGUCGGAAAAUGGCUGCACAUCAUCCAGAUAUAUUCUUAAGGCAACUGCCCCUGAUGGCUGCUAUCCUGUCAGGUCAGAGUGAGUACUCCCUGGGCGCCAUGCGGCACAAUCAGCAGUUUCAGCUGUUUACACACGUGCUCGGCCUGGUGGAGCUGUUACAACCACAUGUGUUCCAACCAGAGCACACUGGCUUCACUGAUGUGCUCGAUGCGUUCUUUGACCUUUUGAAGAACCAUGGCCAUGAGCAGAAAGCACUGGGUCCCGUGGUGCACAAACUGGUGUGUGUCCUGCAGAACUUCCUGUCCCAGCAGCACCGGCGAGCGUUCCCUGUUCUACAGCAGCAGCUGUCUCUUAUCAGUCGACUGGCCAGCACCUACCCCGACAUGUUUGAACUGAAGGCUUUACUGACCAGCCUGACCCUCCCACGGCAGCCAGAGCCUGACUCAGAGACGAGUGCGACCCAGAAACAGGAUGGCAAGGUCACUGCACCGACUGAUCAGCAGGUGUCAGCAUCCAGCUACAGUGCAGCCCAGCUAGCUCUGUUUAUGAGGAGGUUCAAUACAGAUUCCUCUGAGGGACUUUUGAUUGCACUCAGAGAUUUGGAUGAAAUGUCAAAGCGCAAAGUGGAUAUCCUGGGCUUUUUUCAGAGCCAGCUUCAGUCCCUUAUGAUGUCCAUCAAUGAUCAGUGUCGUGGCACGGCCUUCACCUUGGUCAUGAGAGCUCUUCGGUAUAAUCCAAGGAAAGCAGGGAACUAUGUGGCUACUUACCUGGAUUGUCUUGAAUGUGACAAUCCUGAUAUUGUCAUCUCAGCCUUGAAGAAUCUCGGGGAGUUUACAGCCCUUUGUCAUGAGGAAGCCACGAUUAUUCUCCAGAAAGCUUUCCAAGUUGGCAUCAAGAGCUCAGUGGAUGCCAGUUCCUACAUCAGUGAAGCCCUACAGGUGCUCAACCUGCACUCUGCCUCAGCCUAAGUAGUUCCACACCCACUCUGCAUUUCUACACCUAUGCUCUGCCUCAACAUUCAAGGUUAUGAUGGACAUUAGGCUGUCUAUUCCCUAGGAACAGUGUCACCAAAGGUUAACUGAAUGAGGUAUCGUUUAAGUCUGUGUUGUAGCAGCUAGCUCAGGGCCUUCUGAUGCCACAGGGAACGCAUGCAUCCAGUUCUCCUCUACGUUAUAGGUGCCCAAUGACUGACUAAGUCAGAUAAUUUUUCUAAUGAUAUUUGUCAUGUCAUAGAAUGAACAGUCCCUCGCCAUGGGUAAACACAAGUUUGUUCUAGAAUUGUAUAGAAACAUGACAGAACUGUCUGUUUUUGUUGGGAGUAAAGAGAGAGUCAGACGUUGAUGGUUGGAGGUAGGAUCUACUUCCUUUUCUUUUCCUCGGUUAUUUCUGUCUUUUUUGCUUCUUCCCUUCACUAAAUAGCCAUUAUUAUGUCAGUUGGUGUCUAUUUACUAAACUGUACAAAGGGGAAGUCAGACAGCUCUUUAUUUCUCUUGUAUUCAGAUUCAAACUGUUGGCUGACAUCACCAUCAGUAUACGUUAGUACUUUAUCUUGCAUAUUCUUAAUUUUGUGAGUGUAAAGCUACAGAGCUUCCUUGCUGUAGCACCAUGUUAUAAAGGCUGUACAAAAUGUAUGGCUGUGGUUUUCCCCCAUGUUCUCUGACAUUACACUACUUUAUGGGUGGGUCAGCUUUAUCAACUUCUUGUCAAUCAUGUUGUAGUCUGCUCUUAUCCAGAAGUAAUUUUUUGUUUUUUUAAUGGAGUACUGCUGUCUGUUGUUGAGAUGUUGCAUCCCAGUCAGCUGUGGUCAGCUCUGACAGGCAGGCUCAAAGUACCCUGCAUCGGAAAUGUUUAAAAUUGUGUCAAACACAAUUAUGAUGACUAAUCUGUACUUGGUGACAUUAGGCUCUAAUUCUAAUAGUGUUGACUCACCAUUAGCUACUACAUGUAUAUUUAAAUAUUGGGCUGCUCAAGACCAAGUACUGUUGAGUUUCUUAGACUUAUUUGUUUAUUAUUAUGGUCGUAUAAUUUUUGUCAAUUUCUGUCCAAUGCAUACAACUUGUACUUUGUUCAUAUGAGAAUACAUUAUGAUUUUGUUAAGGAACAAAAAAGCAUGUUUCAGUAAAUAAAAGACAGUUUGUAACCUA